AUGACAGACACACAAGCGGGCAAGUACAAGUUUCCUGAGCUGUUGAUUACAUUCCCCGCGCCAUUUGUUGUACACGUGGAGAUCAACCGGCCGAAGAAGUACAACUCGUUCAGUCCCGAUGUCUUCCACGGCUUGGCUAAGCUAUUCGAUCAGCUAUCACAAGACGAAGAUGUCCGGUGCAUCAUGAUAUCGGGCAGCGGACCACACUUUUCUGCAGGACUGGAUGUACAAGCAGCGAACAGCAGUGGCCCUGUAUCGCAGCCCCGUGAAUCCGAUGAUAUUGCGCGGAAGGCAUGGCGAGUUCGGCGACACGCACUCGAUUACCAGAAUGGCAUUACGGCGAUUGAAAGAUGUGAAAAGCCGGUUAUUUGCUUGGCUCAUGGUGUCACGUAUGGUGCAGCCAUCGAUCUCGCUGUGGCGGCAGAUGUUCGAUACUGCACGAAGAAUGCGAGGUGGUCUGUCAAGGAGGUUGAUGUUGGUCUUGCAGCGGACGUUGGAACCCUCACUCGUCUUCCGAAAAUUGGGGUCAGCUAUAGUUGGGCGAAGGAGGUCGUUUACACUGCCCGCGAAUUUGGAGGUGAAGAGGCUCUGAAAGUCGGUCUUGUUUCUCAAAUCACAGAGACCAAGGAACAGUUGAUAGAGGAGGGAUUGAAAUUGGCCGUACUAAUCGCAUCGAAGAGUCCGGUGGCUGUGCAGUCCUCCAAGGCACUCCUGGACUUCAGCCGAGACCGUCCGAUCGAUGAUGGCCUGAAGUAUACAGCGGCGUGGAAUGCGGCAAUGGUUCUUAGUGACGAUGUCAAGGUUGCCAUGAUGAGCGGGAUUAAGAAGACGAAACCCAAGUUUGAAAAGCUUUGA